AUGCCUGCAAAUUCGCACGAUGUCCGUUUGAUCCAUGAAGGAGGCACACUAUCGGCAGUAUGGGCUAUUGGAAACAAUGCUAUCUGUAAAGUCCACCGCUGGAGCUCCGAUACCACUUCAGAGAGCAAAACUAUCAAAUUCAUUCAAGGAAAGGCACACCAAGUACCUGUCCCCGAAGUGGUCUAUUCCUGGGAGGAUGGAAAUCGAUCAUUCUGGGUGUUGAAAAGAGUUCCGGAUAUAACGCUAAGAGAGGCUUGGGGAACUAUGUCCGCUACCGAACAAGCUUCUAUCUUGGAUGAGGUUGUUUCUAUAUGCGAUAUACUCGCGUCUGUUACUUCGGAGCGACUCCAGAAUGUAUAUGGCGGUCCAGUCUUAGAGCCUUAUCUUGCUCACUCGGGACAGGAUUCAUUAGAGCCGUUAACUGUUUCUGAGAGUAGGAGAUAUUUCUUUCGGGAAGAUCUUCGUCCAAACCCAGAGAUUGAAGGGCGGUUCCAUCUCUAUCAUCCUGAUCUAGGGCCAGGAAACAUACUUGUUUCCAGUCAAAGUCAAAGGCUGUCGGCGAUCAUCGACUGGGAGUGCGCUGGGGUUUUACCCACGUUUCUGGAUUGCAACAAAGCCUUCUGCGUCUCCGGGCCUGGACUUCCAUCCGCCAAUUCCAGGUAUCGAUGGAAAGUGAAUGGAGAAAGCGACUCAGAAUGA